UUCAGAGCUUUUCGCUGAUUGCUAUUCCCAGAAUCGAUGCGGGCCACGUUAUUAGAGAGCGGCGCACUUUCACUAUUUAAUGAUAUGCUCCGCAAACGCUCGGACGCAGUGAUGGAAGCUGGUGCGAAGGGAUUGGCCACUUUUGCGAAGCAUGAUGAGCAGGCAAUCAUUAAAAGUGGUCUCUUGAUGAAGCUAGCGAAGGACGCCCGCAGUCCUCGAGCCAACCACCGUGACGGUUCUAUCCGCGGCCUCGUAGCUCUCAACGCUGAAAUUCCUGUGUUGGUGCAACGUGCCCUCGACGAGGCGCGGACCGUUUCAGACCUCAUCUCUCAAUUACGGAAGAAGUCGCGUGCCCUACCUGCGGCUUCUGCCCUAUUACACCUCAUGGCUAUUGAUCAUGUAGUGGAUACGGUCACCAAGUCCGAGGCGCCUGGCUACAUCUUGAACAUGUUAAAGCGUCGCUGGUUUGACGGAGACAAUGGCGAAGACGGUGUAGGAGUCUUACAGCGCGUCCUGGAGAUUGGUCCGCUUAGGGCUGCCAUUCUGGACCUUGGCACCGUGGAUGCGCUGCAAAGUAUGCUGGCAGGGGAGAAUAGCGAUACUGUGUACGCUGGCCUGCAGUACCUACGAGAAGUCAUUAAACAUGACGACGGCAAGAGCAUCACCUGCAGGGAGUCGAUAAUCUCCCCCAUGUUGAAAGCAUUGGCCCGUCCUCACUUGCCCUUGCAAAGAAAUGCAGCCGCCAUCCUACGUGCGGCCUUCAUUCACAACGAGCACCUGCGCCCCGUUAUUAUCGAGGGACUUUUAUCGAAACUGGACAGCCGGAAGGCUGCAGAACUUCUUGGCGUUACGACUGCCCUACGUGUCCUGUCUUUCGAUCAGGAAGUACGCGACGCAGUGGUCACGAAUACCAACUUCUGGGGGCUUAGUCACAAUUACUUCAACGUUCUGAAGCUUGAAUAUGACAAAACAGGUCCCAAUUUCAGGGAAGUUUACCAGUCUGUAGGCUUCUUGAUCAAGUGUGUUCAAGGGGUCGUCAGCCACAGACAACCGGACGACAGUCAGUGGCUAGAAUCCGCGCCUUAUGAGUUCCGAAAGGAUCACAAUACCGUCCUACGUUUGACGAACGCCUUGGAGAGGCUUUCUCUACCGCUCUCUACGCUUUUUAACGCUCUCGGCAGGUACUGAGGUAUGCGAGUUCUAGGCAUCUGCUUGGUAUAGCUAUUAUAUACUGUGCGCUAUGCGUGCAAGUACGUAUUUAUAUAAAUCAUUUA